AUGACGGACGCGAAUGUCCCCCAACUGAGGCAAAAGACCCUCAAAGUACCACGCGGGUACAACUAUACCUAUUACACCAGCCUUGCUUCUCCCGGCAAGCCUACUCUCAUUCUUUUCCAUGGCUGGCCGGAUUCCGCGAAAUUGUGGGCAAAUGUAAUCGACAAACACCUGGUGCGGUUAGGCUAUGGCGUUAUUGCCAUCGACAUCCUUGGUUUUGGCAACACCUCCAAACCCACCGACCAUACCCAGUAUGCCUUCCAUCUCGUAGCUGCAGACGCUGCUGCAAUCAUCGACGCCGAGAACCUUUCGAGUGUGGUCUCCGUCGGACAUGACUGGGGAUCCGGCAUCGCUCAACGGUUUUACAAUUUCUAUCCCUCGCGUGUCUCUGGCCUCGUGAUGGUCAACUUCUCGUACAUACCGCCCAAUGUACCGCCCUUUGAACUAGAAAGCGCGCUCGACCAUUCACGCCAUACUUUUGGGUAUGGCAUCUAUGAAUACUGGAAGUUUCUUGCGGCGGACGACAGCCCUCGUCUCCUGAAACAAAACAUCGAAAGCAUCUACGCGGCCGCUCAUGGAUCACCAGAGUCUUGGUUAGAAACCUUUGGUAAGCCCGACGGUCUGCGGGCUUUUGUAUCCAAUGGGACAACGCAGCCGUUGCUACCGUACGCUGGAGGCUCUCACAAAGCGGAAUUUGUAGAGCGUAUGACCCGCGAUGGGUUUGAAGGGCCGAGCUGCUGGUACAAAGCAUACGUUUCAGGAACGCAAAAUGAGUCAAACAAGCUCGUGCCCCAGGAAACUUUUGUCGUGAAGGUGCCAACAUUAUUCUGGGGUGGAACGAGGGACAAGGUGUGCCGGCCAGAGAUGAUGCAGUGGGGUGUGGAGGCAGGUUUGUUGCCUCAUUUGACUACUAAGCUGGUGGAUGAGGGGCAUUGGGCGCUGCUCGCGAGACCAGACACCUUUGGUCAUGACUUGGUCGACUGGCUCGAGGAGAAUUUCGGUACUGUUGGGGAAAGUUCCGUGUAG